AUGAUGAUGAAGACUGAUAUUUGGCUUCUGGCCGCGCUUUAUUUUGGUGGCGCCGUUGACGCUGCUAUUUCUUCCAAUUACACCGAGGCCAUUUUGAGCUCCGGUACCAUCAAGCUUGGUGACUGGCAAGAUGCCUUCAACAAGGCUUCAGACUUCGUCGCAUCGCUUUCAACGACUGAAAAGCUCUCCAUCAUCACCGGCAGCGGUGCAGGCAACUACUCUGCCAUCCAGGGCUCCGACUCGUCCGCGAAUCCAAUCAACUACUACUUCGUCACUGCUUGGCCAGCCGGACUCGCAAUGUCGAUGACCUGGGAUAAGGACGCUGUCUAUGGUCAGGGCAAGGGUCUCGGUGCCGAGUUCAAGGGCAAGGGCAUGAACGUUGCAUAUGCUCCGACUGUGCAGCCUCUUGGACGUUCCCCAUGGGGUGGCCGUAGUGGCGAAUCCUAUGGUCCUGAUUCCUACAUGUCGGGUAUCAUGGCUGGUCGGCUUGCGAGCGGUAUGACUGCUUCUGGCGUCAUUCCCAGUGCAAAGCACUACGUUCUCAACGAGCAGGAAACCAACCGUCAAGGCUCGAGCGGCGGUGGCGGUAUGGGUGGUGGCAUGGGCGGAGGAGCUGGCGGGUCUGGUGGGAACUCGACUGAUGGUGGUCCACCCUCAAUGCGCCGCCGUCAAGACGAUGGCAACUCCACUUCAUCCUCCUCCAGCGGGGCCUACAGUGUCGAGAUCGGCGACAAGGCUUUCCACGAGACCUACCUCGCACCGUUCUAUGAUGCUGUCAAGGGUGGUGUCGGUGGUGCCAUGUGCUCAAUGCAAAAGAUCAAUGGAUCCUACGGUUGCGAGAACCAAGACACUCUUGCCAGAUACUUGAAGGUUGAGCUUGGUUUCCCCGGGUACGUCCAUCCCGACGCCGGCGCUCAGCACACCAGCUUCGACUCUGCCAACGCUGGACUGGACUACGGUUCCUCAUCGUACUGGAGCAACUCCACUCUUGUCGCCGGUAUCGCGAAUGGCACGUUCGCUUCAGCGCGUCUCGACGACAUGGUCAUCCGCCAGCUGAUGGGCCACUUCAAGCAGAACCAGGAGGUCUACCCGGAUCGCGUUGGAUACACCGACAAUGUUGAUGUGCGUGGAAAGCACGGUGACUUGGCUCGCCAGUACGCCGCUGAUUCUAUCGCACUUCUCAAGAACACGGACAAUGCCCUCCCAUUGAAGAACAAGAAGGCCAUCUCUAUCUUCGGCCUCCACGCCGCGCCGCGUCUUAUGGGUCCCAACACUGCUCUCACCGUCAUGUCUGGAGUUGACGCAACAAUGGACGGGCACAUGUCGCAGAACGGUGGCUCAGCUAUGUCCUCAGCCGGUUUCCUUGUCACUCCCUUCCAGGCUUUUAACGAGCGCGCUCAGUCCGACGGCUUCAUGCUGAAGUGGUGGCUCAACAAUACCGUCGUUGAGAGCUCAGGUGGAGGCAUGCAGCUUAGCGACGGUUCCGGUACCGAGAUCUCCGAGACUACUCUUGGGAUUGCUGAUGGCUCUGAGGCGUGUGUUGUGUUCCUCAACGCUUUCGCUGGUGAAGGAGGCGACAGGAGCGAGCUGGCUAACGCCGAGGGUGACAAUCUUGUGAACUACGUCGCUGACAACUGCAACAACACCAUUGUUGUCGUCAACACCGUCGGUCCCCGCCUCCUCGACCAGUGGGCCACCCACGAAAACGUCACCGGCAUCCUUUACGGCGGACCGCUUGGCCAAUCCUCUGGCCACGCCAUCAACGAUGUCCUGUUCGGCGAUGUCAACCCCUCCGGCAAGCUCAUCCACACCAUCGCCAAGAACGAGUCCGACUACGACCCGAACACCCAAAUCAGCGAGGAAUCCGUGAUCAACUUUUCCGAGGGCAACUACAUCGACUACAAGUACUUCGACCAGAAGAACUCCACUCCCCGCUACGAAUUCGGUUUCGGUUUGUCUUACACCACCUUCAAGUACGGCAACAAGGUCGACAUCGCACCCAAGACCCAGCUCCUCUCCAAUGAGUUCGCAAGCGGCGACCUCGCCGUCGGUGGACGUGAGGACCUUUGGGACAUUGUUGCUGAAGUCAGCACCGACAUCACCAACGCCGGCAAGGUCGCAGGUGCUGAGGUUGCGCAGCUGUACGUUGAGUUUCCUGCUGCUGCUGACGAGCCUGUGCGCCAGCUUCGCGGUUUCCACAAGGUCAAGGUCCAGCCUGGCAAGACUGAGAAGGCUAGCUUUCAGCUUAGGCGUCGUGAUUUGUCGGUUUGGAAUGUUGAGAAGCAGGAGUGGCAGAUUGUGCGUGGUGAGUACAAGUUCAAUGUUGGUUCUUCCAGCAGGGAUUUGAGGGUCAGCAACACUUUGACUGUGUAA